AUGUCCUGCUGCGGAGGCACCGAAGAGGAGCCCUACACGCAGCCGUCCAACCAGUCGACGACCCAGCCCAACAGGAACAACCCCCAUGGUACAUCCAUCUCCUUCCUCCUACGCCCGUCAUUGAGGAGAUUUUUAUUCUUUGUCCCUUCAGGUGAUUACAGAGAUUCCAGGGGGCCCACCGCUGCCGCCAGGGGAGGACCGCCGCAGAAGGUACUGCCCAUCGAGACGCCCGCCAUCCCUCUGCACGAGCUGGGCAGGUUGACUUUCAACUUCGGUCAGAAGGCCCUGAUCGGCGAAGGAUCCUACGGCCGGGUCUUCCACGCCACUCUGAGCACCGGCCAGCCCGCCGCCAUCAAGAGGCUCGAUCCCAGCGUCUCCCAGGAAUCCGACUCCGAAUUCUCCGUUCAGGUCAUCGUCGUCAUCAUCAUCAUCAUCAUCAUUAUCAUCAUCAUCAUCAUCAUCAUCAUCAUCUUCUUCUUCUUCUUCGUCAUGCUCCGGAGACUUUUUCAGAAUACGACCGCUGACAUCACUCACUGUGUGCAGCUGUCAAUGGUGUCGAGGCUCAAGAACGAGUACUUUGUGGAGCUCAUUGGGUACUGUCUGGAGGAGAACAAUAGGAUCCUGGUGUACCAGUUCGCGACAAAGGGUUCUCUGCAUGAUGUUCUUCAUGGUAUGAUUAAUGGGGGAGGAUCUCGGUCUCCGCUUCCUUCUUCCGUGACUGAUUUCCAUGGAUUCUUCUCUGUCCUGGGUUGCAGGGAGGAAAGGGGUCCAGGGUGCGGAGCCCGGGCCUGUUCUCAGCUGGAGUCAACGGGUGAAGAUAGCGUACGGCGCCGCCAGGGGGCUCGAGUUCCUCCACGAGAAAGUUCAGCCCCCGAUCGUCCACAGGGACGUCAGAUCCAGCAAUGUUCUUCUGUUUGAUGACUACAGCUCCAAGAUUGCCGAUUUCAAUCUGACGAACCAGUCUCCAGACUCAUCCGCACGCCUGCAUUCAACCAGGGUCUUAGGAACCUUUGGUUAUCACGCCCCCGAGUAAGUCUGUCUCCCCCUUGGUCAACCGAAACUUCCUCUGCAUUCUCCCAGUUUGACCUUACCUAAAUUUUUAAUUUUUUAAUUCUUUUCUUUCGGGGGUUGGUUCGUUGCUACCUUACCUGCCAGGUAUGCUAUGACUGGCCAGUUGACCCAGAAGAGCGAUGUCUAUAGCUUUGGCGUCGUGCUUCUUGAGCUCCUCACGGGCAGGAAGCCGGUGGAUCACACCAUGCCCAAAGGGCAGCAGAGUCUGGUCACUUGGGUGAGCAUGGGUGUAUUGGUUUUCUUUCCCGCCUGUAUAGAUAGCCAUCGAUUUGCCUGAAAUGUCAACCGGUGGGUCUCUGACUACACACUCUCUGAUCGUUGCCUUUCUAUCUUUCUUCCUCUGUGAAGGCCACUCCAAGGUUAAGUGAGGACAAAGUGAAGCAAUGCGUUGACCCUAAGCUGAACAACGAAUAUCCUCCAAAGGCUGUUGCCAAGGUCCUUUCUGAAGAGCGGUUGGUUCUUUUGGGGGGUUGAAUCUUCAUCUAACGGUUGACCUGAUCAUCCAAGGGUUUUUCCUCCUGCCACAGAUGGCCGCGGUUGCAGCACUGUGUGUGCAGUAUGAAGCAGAUUUCCGACCUAACAUGACCAUUGUCGUCAAGGCCCUCCAACCCCUCCUCAACUCCAGAGCAGGGCAGGAUCAUCACGCGUGA